AUGUGAAGCCUUACUUAACGAGUUUGUCGGCAUUUAUUUGGUCCUUGAAUUGUGUCUUAUCUUUUAAAUUUAUUUGAUAUUUGCAUUCAUUAAACAACUCUUAUAAUAGCAUUGGUUUGAUAGCAACAAAGUUACCACAAAUUGUCUCUAAGAAUGUCAAUUGUCAGCACUUUCUGUAGAAGUCGUCUCUGGAAAACAAAUGUAAAUCAAGUGAUAAAAGUUUUGUCCAAUACUUAUAAAUUACACAACAAUUACAAUUUGGCUGCCAAUCAACAGAUCAGACUUUUGUCAGAUCUUCGUUACAGUGAUAAACACGAAUGGGUUUCAUUAGACUCAACCAAAAAGGUAGGAACCGUCGGAAUCUCAAAGUAUGCCGAAGAAGCACUCGGAGAUGUAGUGUACGUACAACUGCCAGAUGUGGACACAAGUUAUGAUCAAAAUGAUGAAGUGGGAGCCGUCGAGAGUGUUAAGGCCGCGUCAGAGAUAUUCACUCCCGUUUCCGGUCGUAUCGUUCAAAUCAAUGAAAAACUGGAAGACAAACCGGGUAUGGUCAAUACUUCGUGUUAUGACGAGGGAUGGCUUUUUAAAAUUGAAUUGUCUAAACCUCAAGAAAUAGACAAACUUAUGGACGAACAAUCAUAUCAAAAGUUCUUAGAGUCUAUUCGUGAGGAAUAGUUAUCAUUUCAUAAUUACAUGUAAUCAAUAAAUGGAUAUAAAAAAAUUGGAUUUUAGUAUAAAUAAAGUAUUAACAGUU